UCCUAGUUUCUCCACAGCUUUAGCCCCAUGAAUACUCGAAAAUCGAAACCUGUGUUCUCCGUGCCGGUGCCAGAGUGAACUCAAAGUUUUAAAAAAUCAAAUUAAUCUCAUUGCUAAAGAGACAGACAACUCACUUCAAUUCAGACCUGACACGUCUUGAAAGGGCGAAAUGGGAGGAUCACAGAGUUUGCCCGAACUAGCUCAAGAGCAAUCCAUUCAUGUGGUGGUGAUUGGAGGAGGUUAUGGUGGAACAACUUGUGCCUUGGCCUUGAAGAAACAUGGUAUCCCGUACACUCUGGUCGAACCCAAGGAAUACUUUCAUCACAAUGUGGGCGCUCUGCGGGCGGCCGUUGAUAAAGGUUUUAUCCCCAGGACAGCCAUUCCAUUAAAAGACUCCUUCCAAGACCAAUUUGUUCAAGAGAAAGUGACUGAUAUCAACUUCGAAGGCCGCACGUUGACCCUGGAAAGUGGAAAAUCCCUGGAAUAUUCUCAUCUCGUCAUUGCCACCGGAAGUUCCGGGCCCUUUCCGGGACGAACCGAAACUCGAACCAUUCAAGACCUGGCGGAUGCCUAUGAAACCAUCGGAAAUGAAAUCGAAAAAGCCGAAUCCGUGGUGCUUAUUGGGGGCGGGGCCGUGGGCGUGGAAUUGGCCGGAGAGAUCCGGUCUAAGUACAAAUUCAAGAAGAUCACUCUCAUUCACUCUGGUGAGCAACUCUUCAAUUCCGCCAGGGGUGCUGCCAUGGAUGACCGGACCAGGGAUGCGGCCUUGGCCAUGUUGAAGGCCAUGGACGUGGAUGUGGUUUUGGGCGAGAGAGUCAGCAAUUUGGAAGGGUUGACAUUAUACCGAAACAUGUCUCAAACCGUCAAAACGGAUCAAGAAAAGGUUGUGAAUGCUGAUUUGAUUUUAAGUUGCACGGGACUAAAGGCUGAUUUGUCGUUAAAAUCCAACUACCCGGAAGGAACUCUGGACAAUGAAAAUCGCUUAAAAGUGAAUGCACAAACUAUGGAGGUGGAAGGUUUGAGUAACGUUUUUGGAAUCGGCGAUUGUGCCAAUGUGCCCCAGGAGAAAAUGGCCGCACAUGCUGGAGAUCAAGGCGAAUUGGUGGUCAAGAACUUGAUCGCUAGCUUAAAAGGCAGCUCUCUCUCAGAAUACAAGCCACGGUUUGAAGGCAUGUUCGUAACCGUGGGGCCAGGUGGGGGCGUGGCCUUGUUCAAUGGAUGGCAUAUCCCGUCGUUUUUGGUUGGGUUGGCCAAGAGCAAGGAUUUGUUCACCAAGAGAUACUGGACCAUGUUUGGACAGAGGGAACCUGUUUGAAAACCAUGUAAAAAUCAAUGUUCAAUAAUCUCGAUUUCCUUGUUCUUUGA